AUGCAGAGCAGUAACAGCGCGUUCCUCAACACCAUCAACCCACAGAUUCGGCGCAAGAUAGAGGCUGCGCAAGUCUAUUUUCUCGACUACUACGUCGACCACCUUGCCUACCUCGCCAACCGUCGCGCACGCCUUGAAAAGUUCAAGGAUGCGAUCAAGAGCACACCCACAUCUGCCCAGGACGCCCAGCGCUCGUGGUCGGCUCACUGCCACAACGAGACCGGCAUUCUGCGGAGACGGCGCAACAGAACCAGAGAACGCGAGUUUGACAUCCUGGCGCAGAUUGGCCAGGGGGGCUUUGGAAAGGUGUUCCUGGCGCGCAAGCGUGAUACUGGCGAAGUCUGUGCUCUCAAGAAGAUGGCCAAGCAGAGACUCGUGAGACAGAACGAGGUGCACCACAUCCUGACCGAGCGGGAUAUUCUGAGAACCUCAAAGUCGCCAUGGCUCGUCAAGCUCUUGUACUCAUUCCAAGACCACCACCACCUGUACCUGGCCAUGGAGUUUGCCAUCGCUGCUGUUGCUGCUUUGCACGAUUUUGGGUACUUCCACCGCGACCUUAAGCCGGAAAACUUUCUGGUAGACGCGACCGGCCACCUCAAGCUGACUGACUUUUGGUUUCCAUGCGCGAAAGGACUCAACAGAGUCAAGGAUCAGGAAGUCGUGUUCCACUCGUCCAGCGAAAAGCGCUCGUUCUCUCGGCUCACGCAGGUCCCUAGCAACUCAAGCCGUGCCUUUUCAUCUGUCGGCUCACCCGACUACAUGGCGCCCGAGAUCCUACUGACGCUAUCGACUUCCGCACCGACUACUGGUCGCUUGGCUGCAUUCCUGUACGAGUUCCUGGCCGGAUACUCGCCGUUCUCGGGCCCUGACAACGACACUGUCUGGAUCAACGUGUUCCACUGGACCCGGACCUUCCAGAGACCAGACUUUGAGUCCCAGGAAGGAGAGGAUAAUCUGACGCCCGAGUCUUGGGACCUGAUUAACCGGCUGAUAUGUGACCGUGAGGUCCGCAUGUGCUCGCUCAACGAGAUUUCAACUCACCCGCUGUUCCGCGGCAUGGACCUGUUCCACUUAAGAGAAACAGCUGUGCCGCCACCUAAGCAUUUUGACGACUUCAACAACCCUGAUGACAUGGCGCACUACAGGGAUGUCAACAAUCGGUGGGAUGAAACCAGUAGCCUGGAUGAUGUGGGUGUGGAUCCAGCUGCGUUCAUUGGAUUUACAUACAAGCACAACCGCCAAGGCACGAUUUAUUUGAACAUAUCAUGCUUGUUGAUUUUGAAAUCGGCAACGCAUUUCAAAGGCCAUCAUACCAAGCCAACCACAUAA